GUAACUAGGGUUCUUCUUCCUCAUUGUUCCCUGCUCGAACAAAACUAUUGUUUUUAGGUAAAAAAUGGAAGAUAGAAAAACAGAAAGUUCGUUAAGCCAACAUGUAAGUCAGCCUAUACCACCUCCUGCUGUAGCUGUAGCUAUUAAUGGUAAGAAAAAGAGCAAAUACGUGGCCUUUUGGGCUCUUGAGAAGUUCAUCCCUGAAGGUUAUUCUGAUUUCAAAUUGCUUUAUGUUCGUCCUCCUGUUGCUUACAUCCCUACCCCAAUGGGGAAUGCGAUCUCAGUAACAGAGCUUAGAGAUGAUGUUGUAUCAGCUUACAAACAAGAAGUUGAUUGGAACACAAAUGAAAUACUUCGUCCUUACAAGAAGAUGUUCGACAGGAGAAAGGUGCGAGUAGAGAUUAUGGUGUUGGAAUCACACGAGCCAGCAUCUGCUAUAGCGGAAGAGAUAGCUGGAACCGGAGUCAGCAAACUCGUUAUAGGAAUGUCUCUUCGAGGAUUCUUCUCAAGAAAGAUCGAUAUGUCUUCUAUGAUCGCAACCGCUGUUCCAAGAUUCUGCACCGUCUAUGUGGUUUCCAAGGGGAAACUAGCUUCUGUGCGUCCUUCCGAUUCAGACGCUAGUGGUAGCAUAAUGUCCACCACUAGCGGCUCCACUGAUAGUCCUAGAGUCCUCCCUGAGUACCAAGACUUUGUCUCAUAUGUUUCGGAAGCACAGUCUCGUGUCUCUUCUCUCGCUCCGAGACAGUUGAGACACCCGGAGAUGAGUAGCAACGCGGUGGUUCAAAUGGACACGAGUUCUAACGAGACGGAGGAGCAAUCGGAAGUUUCUAGAGAAAGCAGGCUGCAGAUUGUACCGAGCGGCGGUGGUGGUGGUAAUGAUCAAUGGAAGAGGAGUAACAAUAACAACGAGAGCUUUAGUGCAUCGUUUCCGAUGGGAGAGGAGGCGUAUCACGCUAUGAGCUGGACUUCUAGAUGGAGAGAUCAUGAGGAAAGGAGAUCGAUCAUGAGCUCUUCUUCUAGCAACAACCACGAUCUAGCUAAUAUGGAGUGGGGUGCAGUGGUUCCUGAGAACUAUUCUUUUGUUUCUCAUCAAGCUUCUAACAUGUCUGAUGGACGCAUCAGUUUCCACUCCUUCAACGAUAAUCAGGUGAAUCUGACCUUUGAGAUAGAGAAGCUGAGAGCCGAACUGCAACAACUUCAGGAGAUGUAUGCCAUGGCUCAAAACGAGAAUGUCGAUGCCUCGAAAAAGCUAAAUGAGCUAAACAAGAAAAGAUUCGAGGAAUCAGAGAAGCUUGUGGAGCUUAAAGAACAGGAAGAAGUAGCUAAAGAUACAGCUUCAAAGGAGAGGCAGAGGUACGACGAGGUGAUGAAGGAGGCGGAGAAGGUUAAAGAACUCAUGGUGAAAGAGGCUUUACAUAGAAGAGAAGCUGAGAUCAAAGCAGAACGUGAAGCUAAAGAGAAAGAUAGGCUCCAAGCUUCUCUCGUCUGUCCUGGGAUCCAGUACCAACAUUACUCCUGGGAAGAAAUCACAGCCGCGACUUCGAAUUUUUCAGAAGAUCUCAAGAUUGGAAUUGGAGCCUAUGGAACUGUCUACAAAUGCAAUCUCCAUCACACGACCGGUGCUGUCAAGGUCCUUCACGCUGGAGAAACUCAGCUCUCUAAACAGUUUGAUCAAGAGCUUGAGAUCUUGAGCAAGAUCCGUCAUCCGCACCUUGUCCUUCUCCUCGGGGCGUGUCCUGAACGAGGCUGCCUCGUCUAUGAGUACAUGGACAAUGGAAGCUUAGAUGACAGGUUGAUGCUAGUCAACGACACACCUCCCAUCCCUUGGUUCGAGCGUUUCAGGAUCGCUUUAGAAGUAGCUUCAGCGCUUGUCUUCCUCCACAAAUCCAAGCCUAGACCCAUCAUUCACCGUGACCUCAAACCAGGAAACAUCUUGCUUGACCAAAACUUCGUCAGCAAACUCGGCGAUGUCGGUCUCUCCACUAUGGUUAACCAAGACGACGCUGCUUCUAAACUAACCGUCUUCAAGAAAACAAGUCCCGUGGGAACGCUUUGUUACAUAGACCCUGAGUAUCAGCGGACGGGGAUCAUCUCACCAAAGUCAGAUGUGUAUUCUCUAGGUGUUGUGAUUCUUCAGCUCAUUACCGCGAAACCAGCGAUAGCGAUUACUCAUAUGGUGGAAGAAGCUAUUGGAGACGAUGCUGAGUUUAUGGCGUUGUUGGAUGUGAAGGCUGGAUCUUGGCCUAUUAGUGAGACUCGUGAGUUAGCUGCUUUGGGACUGUGUUGUACUGAAAUGAGACGCAGAGACAGACCAGACCUUAAAGAUAUGAUCAUACCGACUUUGGAACGGCUUUGGAAAGUCGUUGAAAAAGCUCAAAACUCACUCUCGAGAACUUCGUUGGAUCCUCCUUCUCAUUUCAUUUGCCCACUUCUCAAGGGAGUGAUGAACCAGCCCUGCGUGGCUGCAGAUGGGUUCACGUACGACCGUGAAGCUAUAGAGGACUGGCUAAGAGAGAAUGAUACGUCGCCGGUGACGAGCCUUCAAUUGCCUAACAAGAACCUUCUUGCUAAUUACACUCUUUACUCAGCCAUCAUGGAGUGGAGAGCCAAUAAAUAAUAUUAAGAGAGAGAUUCGACAAAUAAGUACGAUGGAUUCUAUCUAUGUGUUUACUAUUUAUCUUCUUUCGUGUGGUUCUUCUCUCUUUGUUCUUCCUUUGUCUCUGUACCAACGAUUUUUAUGUUUUGUGUGAUGAGAUGCAAGACUACGAGUCUACAACAAUAGAGAUGGAGAGAUAAAAUGUCUUUUGAUUU